CUAGCCGUUGGUGGCUCAAAGCAACGACGACCAUGUCGCUGACCAAGUGCCUCCUCUUCGCCCUGCUGGCCAUCGUGGCCAGCGUAUCCGCCGAGCGGGUUCGCUAUGACAACUACCGCAUGUACAAGGCCACAUCGGAGAAUGCCAAGCAGCUGGCGGUGCUGAAGGAGCUGGAGGGAUCCAGCGAUUCGAUCCUUUUCCUGGACGGAGUCCAUCUGGUGGGCGCCGAUGUCCAGAUCGUGGUUGCACCCCACAAGGUGCCCGACUUCCUGGAGAUCCUGGGCAAGGCGGAGAUCAAGUACCAGCUGCAGACGCGCGACUUGCAGAAGACGCUGGACGAGACCGACGAGAAGGUGGCCAUCAAGGGACGCGCCACCAGGGCCAGCUACAACUGGGCCGAGUAUUACGAGCUGGACGACACCUACGCCUGGAUGCAGUCGCUGGCCCAGCAGAAUCCCGGCGUGGUCACGCUCAUCGAGGGCGGCAAGAGCUACAAGGGACGCUCCAUCCUGGGCGUCAAGAUCACCAGGGGUGGAGCCAACAAGCCUGGCAUCUUCCUGGAGGCGGGCAUCCAUGCCCGCGAGUGGAUCGCCCCGGCUGCCGCUACCUACAUCAUCAACCAGCUGCUGACCUCCGAGGUGGCCGCCAUCAAGGAGCUGGCCGAGAACUACACCUGGUACGUCCUGCCCCACGCCAAUCCCGAUGGCUACGUCUACACCCAUACCACGGAUCGCCUGUGGCGCAAGACCCGCACUCCCUACGGCAGCUGCUUUGGCGCCGAUCCCAAUCGCAACUGGGGCUUCCACUGGAACGAGGUGGGCGCCAGCAGCAAUGCCUGCUCCGACACCUACGCCGGACCGUCGGCCUUCUCCGAGAUCGAGACCCGCUCCCUGUCCAGCUACAUCGCCUCGCUGAAGGGCGAGAUCCAGCUGUACAUCUCCCUGCACGCCUACUCCCAGUACCUGCUGUACCCCUACGGACACACCGCCGAUCUGCCCGACAAUGUGCUCGACUUUGAGAAAGUCUACAACGCCUCCAUUGCCGCCGUGAACCAGCGCUACGGCACCAAGUACACUGGCGGUAACAUCUACAAUGCCAUCUACCCGGCUGCCGGUGCUAGCGUGGACUGGGCCUACGGCACCCAGGAUGUGCGCAUGUCCUUCUGCUAUGAGCUGCGUCCCUCCUCGAACAACUUCAUCACCGGCUUCAAGCUCCCCGCCGCCCAGAUCGUGCCCGCCAGCGAGGAGCUGCUCGACUCCAUUGUGGCCAUGGCCGCCGAGGUCAAGAGCCUGGGCUACUUCGACUAGUCGACUAGUCGCCUAGUCGUCUCGUGCAAUAAAGUACUCACAGUUUUACGGCAUAA